AUGAUUAGCCUCGUUGCUUUUGAUCUCGAUGGAACGCUUGCCAUCAGCAAGCAGCCAUUGAAGGACUCCAUGGGCGAGGCGCUGGCCGACCUCCUAGCCGUUGCCCACGUCUCCAUCAUCUCAGGGGGUGACUGGCCACAGUUCGAGAAGCAAAUCGCGAGCCGCUUGCCAGCACGUGCUGAUGUGACGAAACUAUGGCUUAUGCCGACCACUGGAACCAAGCUAUACCAGAACAAGGGUGAUGGGUGGAAGGUGGUAUAUGCUGAGCUGUUCACCGAUGAGCAGAAGAAGGAUAUCCUCGAGGCAUUUGACGCUUCGCUGGAGGCCACUGGAUUCACACCAGAGAAGACCUGGGGUGAGCGAAUCGAAGACCGUGGCAGCCAGAUCACCUUCUCCGCGCUCGGCCAGGAAGCACCCAUCUCCGCGAAGCAGCAUUGGGACGCUGAUUUCGCCAAGCGUAAGGUGAUCCAGGUUGACUUGCAGAAGCGCCUGCCCGAUCUAUCAAUCAACAUGGGCGGCACAACCUCCAUCGAUAUUACAAAGAAGGGUGUUGACAAAGGAUACGGCCUGAGGAGACUGAGCGAGGCGACUGGGCUCCCGCUUGAACAGAUGAUGUUUAUCGGUGAUGCCAUCUUCCCGGGUGGUAACGACUAUCCUGCCAAGCAGAUCGGGUUGCCCACUGUCGAUGUCAAGGACCCGGAGGGCACUCUUUCGGCAAUCGCUGCCAUUGUCGCAUGCCUCUCGUAA